AUGGCCGAAGGAGCUUCUAUAAACAGUGGUGGAGGGGGCGAUACUAGAGGGAGCCACCAGCCACCGACCCCUGACCCUCGUUUACCCUUGACCGCCAUGCAAAUAUUCAAGCUGAAGAAAAACUGGAAGGGAGUCAAACGGCGCCUGGAUGACACUGGGGUCGAGAUGUUGAUAAGACUGUUCAGACUAGAACCUUCCACGCAAGCCCAGUUCCGGGAUAUCCGACAUCUGGAUACAGAGGAACAGUUGCGCACCAGCGAGGAACUGGAGAAACAUGGCGGCGCGAUGAUGGCGUCUCUGGAUGAAAUAGUCAACAACAUUGAGAAUGUGGACGAGGCCCUGGAGAAGAUGUCGCAGGUGGCACAACAGCACCGCCAGAUCCAGGGAUUUACUGCUGAACAGUUCUUGCUGAUGGAACAGCCCUUCCUGGACGCAAUCCGAAUCAUCCUUGAGGAUCGCUUCACCGACAACAUGGACACAAUUUAUAGAAUUCUCAUCAAGUUUAUCCUGGACCAUCUGGUCAAAGCCGCCAGCUGA